CCACUUCCUCCACAGCUCUCACACUUGUGCAGUUCUUUCACUCUCAUUAGAUAUUCUCACCAUCACAUAAAGAUCACACUUUAGUUGCUCACUUUAACUAAGGAAACAGCUACAUCAGAAUUUCAUAGCAGUGGAUAAUAAAAACAACUCUCUACAUCUUCUUAGUUUAAGAAGAACUUAUAUUUAAAAAAAAACUUUUUGGCAGUACUUUGGACCAUAGUACAGCUGUAUGCAGAGGCCAGCAGCUCAGGAGCGAUGUCAUCUCUACUUUCUCACAACAAAGAUCAGCCACGCAUCAGAAAGUCGCUCUCUGACUCUUCUCCAACUUCAUCCGCUGCCACCACCAAGAGCCUGAGGCAUGAGAGACUGUCUAGAUUAAGCUCAUCUGGAUCCUCUGAUGUCUCCAGUGACACAUCAACAAACCACGCCGAGUCCUAUGUUUUACGGUGGGAGAACAGACUGUCUGCAAGGAAAAAGGCAGAAGAGAUGGCUAACAAUGACUAUAAAAAGAUGUAUGAAAAGGCGCUGGCCACCAAUCAAAGGCUCAAGUCCAGGCUGGAAACAAGUAAACAGGAACUUGCCAUGAUUCAGGAUCAACUGCAGAGAACACAGAAAGGAAGACAGGAAGAUUGUAGCUCCAACAUGCUUGAGACAGAAAAAAAGGAAAGCUGGAGUCUAAAAAAUAAGAUAUCAGAUAUGGAAGAACAGUUGAAGGUUAAAGCAGAGCUUAAAAUGGAGAACCAGAGACUGAAGGAUGAGAAUGGAGCUUUAAUCCGGGUCAUCACUAAACUAUCCAAGUGAGCCAGGAAGCAGGAAGGAUGAGAAGAAGAGGGAUGGAUACCAGAAGUCAUACCUGCAUUCUUCCUACAUUCAUCUUUUGCCCAGAAAGAAUGUAUGUACAUAGUUCUCCAGUAAUUUUGGAAACUACAAACAUUUACAGGGAUAAAGACACAUUUCACAUCAGCUACGAAAUCUUCCUG